GUCAGUGCCCUUCUUCUUGCAGGAUUGAAGACUCGAUUCAUCAUUCAUUUGACAAAUCUCGCUGGCUUGAUCGACUCAAAACGAGUUUGGAUCGGAUUGUUUUAGACAGAAGACAGCGCAAUGACGAUGACCGCGACGGUCCUCCAACCAACAGAGCCCUCAAGACGAACACCACCAAUUCAAACGCUCUUGUCAUAAACUUUCCAGAAGAAACAGAAGAGGGAGACAGAUUCCUUGGCACACAAUAUUUCCCAACAACUAACUCAAUCAAAACGAAGCCCAGUCCAUCAAUAAUAAUCAUUGACCAUGUCCGACGGAGAAGGAGAUUUGUUCGCUGACAGCGAUGACACUGCCGAGUUGAUCAGCAACAGCAAGCCAGAGCCCAAAAAGGCAGCCAAGAAGAAACUGGGAGCCGCCGCGAAACGCAAACGUGCCAAUGUCCCCGAUGCCGAUGGCGACAGCGACAAGGAAGACUUGUUUGAUUCGGACGAUGAAGGCAGUAGUAAGAAACCAGCCGCCAAGAAAUCCAAACCCAUGUCGAAAAAAGAAAAAAUGGAAGCGCUGCAAAAGAGAAAGCGUGCUGCCGCGGGCGGAGAUGAAGACAUGGUGAGUGGCGUUCCGUCCGAAAAGAGCAAAAAAGGCGGCGGAGGAGAAUCGGACGGCGAAGACAGUUACAACUCGGCAAAUUUCCAAUUGACCGAAGACGAUCGCAACUUUAUCGAUACCGAAGGAGACGAUGCGGAAGCCAUCAAUGAACUCUACGCUGAGCAACACUUUGACGAUAUCCGUGGUGAAGCCAUGGAGGACGAUGGAAUGAGCAGGAAAAAGAAAGGUGGCGGUGGCGGAAGUCGGUCCAGUGGCAGCCGCAGCCGUAGUGAAAAAUUAGACCCCGAGAAGGAUCUCGAUAAUCCCAUCAUGGCGGCCGUUCACAAGAUGAAGAAAAAGAAGAAGGAAAAUCGAUCCUUGACGGAACUCGAGGAAGAAGCCAAGACGUUCUUGGAAAAAAUGGAACAAGCGGCCGAACUAGACGAACAAGCCAUCAAGGAACGACGUCCAGCAACCAAGAAACUCGUCUUGUUGGGACACGUCGUAGAGACGCUCACCAAGCGAGACCUCAUUCGCGUACUCCUCGAUUUGGAUGUCCUUUCCUUAUGUCGACGAUGGAUUCAACCAUUGCCCAAUGGAACCCUCGGUAAUGUCACGAUUCGACAGAGGCUUUUGGAUUCCAUUGCCAACAUGGCGGAGAUUACACCCGGUGACCUCAAGAGAUCCGAGUUUGGAAAAGUCGUCAUGAGCCUCUACAUGCACAAGAGUGAGACACCGGCCAUGAAACGACAGCACAAGGCACUCAUCGAACAAUGGAGCCGACCCAUCUUUGAAAAAUCAGGAAACAUGAGAGACUUGGCGCGGGUGCACCAUGCACGAGGAGAAGGUGGUCUGGCCAGCAUUUCAAGACAGCAAAUGGCAGAGCAACGCCGCAUGGAAUCGGCAGCGGCUGGUAGUGCUGGCGGAGGCAGGAAGGAUAUCGACUCCAUGAUCAAAGCUGGAAAGGCAAAAGGUGGGGCAUCGGGGCUCAAUCGGGUUCGUGUGCCGUAUUCCAAGGGCUUUCAAUACACGAUCCGGCCCAAUUCCAAGACGACACAGAGUCCCGCUGAAAAGGGAGGACAAGCCAAGGACGCUGGCGCAAGAGGCAAUCUGAAGAAACGCAUGAUGGAAAAGGGUCGAGCCGUGACCAAAAACCAAAGGAGUGCCAACAUUUCGGUCGAAGGGCGAGCCAACAAGGGCUAGUACCAGGUACCGCUGCACGAAACUGAAAAGCUGCCCUCUGAUGUCGCAAAUAUUAAUACAUGUACGAGGAGGAGUGAGACAAUCUGCCUUUAUCAAAGAUACAUACAUGUAAAUACAUAGUUUUAUAGUUUCUUAAUG